AUGGGUUCAGCAUCAGCUGUCUUCCUUGUUUCCCUCAACCUUGUUUUUUUCACUUUGGUUAGCUCUCAAACUCCUCCAGCGUGUCCUCAAAAUCUGGGUUCAUGUGAAUCAGCUCUGAGAGCGGCGUUCUCUUGGGCGAGACCAAAUCCUAACAGUGAAUGCUGCAAACAGUUUCAGGGUCUGAACGAUGCCGAUGCAGCCACUUGCAUGUGCCAGAUCUUGAAAGCCAAUAGCUCCAGAAUUCCUGCCGACCUUGACUAUGUGAAGAGGCUCUUCAUGACGUAUUGCGGCAGGAACCCCGACGUCUACACUUGCGCAUGA